CAUUGCUUUAUUGGAAUUUGCUUAUAAAUGUAGUCCACUAGCCCUCAGUCCGCAGUAUAUUCAGCAGCAGUUAGCAUUUACUUACGCAAAUUAAAGCAAUGGGAAAAGGCUUUAGACUUCAGAUUUCCAAACUUAUUUCGUCCUUCCGAUCCUGCCGUUCAAAAGAUCCUUCCUCUCUACCAAAUAAUCCUGUCCCUUUAUCCCAUGCCCAAAAACCUUCAAUUCGCGCCACCCCCCACCUCUCCUCCGCCACUCCCAACGACCUCCGCAUACGGCGGCGGGAAUUCCGGUGGAGGAAAGAACAGGAGUGGCACGUUGUCGCGGUGACGACAUCCCACGACAAGAAGAAAGCCACAACACCUCGUCGGAAAAUCUCAAACUCCUCGCUGUACGAGGAGACUUUAGCCGCGCCGCCGCCGCCGGCGACGGAGAAACGCAACCGUCGAGCUAGAAAGAGUAAAAAAGCAAAGGCCGCCCCAGGACAGCGUACCAGCAGUUCCUCCUCCGGCUACGAAAAUCGAAUUGACGAAGCUUCUAGAACAUUCAGGUCUUCGGCGUCGUCGGACGGCGAACUGCCGGCGCGGCUGUCGGUGUUCAAGAAGCUGAUACCGUGCAGCGUGGAGGGGAAGGUGAAGGAGAGCUUUGCGAUCGUGAAGAGAUCGAAGGACCCGUACGAGGAUUUCAAAGGGUCAAUGGUGGAGAUGAUUUUGGAGAAACAGAUGUUCGAGAAACAGGAUUUGGAGCAGCUGCUACAGUGUUUCUUGUCUCUGAAUACGAGGCAGUAUCAUGGGAUCAUUGUCGAGGUUUUCUCCGAGAUCUGGGAGGCAUUGUUUUCUACUAACAAUAAUAGCAGCGAUGAAAGUUCAAUUCUGAAGGCUCAAGGAUGAAAGUUCAAUUCUGAAGGCUUUACCAUCCACUUGUAACGCAAAAUUAUAGAGAGCAAUUCUAAGUUAAGGAGUACUAGAUUAGCUCAAAACAAGCUUAUCCUAAAAGUCUUUAAACACAUCUUAAUCUUCAAGAAAUUAGUUAGUUGGGAAUUUAAGAAAUUAUGAACAUUCAGCAUUUAGUUAUA